GGCGGGGAAGGAUCAAAGAGGCCCAGUGGAGGCGAAGUCAAAGGAGGAGGCGUGGCGCGCGAAGGGAUGGAGGGGCGCAAACAAUGGGCGGCAGGCUAGUCGUGGCGGAGCGCCUGUGCGGAGCGUGCCCGUCGGUCCCUGCAGUCCAGCGAAUGUACUGAAACAACAUUCCCUGCAAGGAUGUUUGCAAAAGCAACGAAGAAUUUUGUGAGAGAGGUUGACUGUGGAGGAGACUUAAUCCCCGUGUCACGACUCAAUGACUUGGAUAAAUAUCAGCUGCUGAGCUUGGUGACCAAGAAGAAGAAAACCUGGUGCUGGCAAAAACCAAAGUAUCACCUUUUGUCAUUCACACUGAAUGAUGUGCUUACUGAAGGCAAUCCCAUAAAACCAGUUGUUGUGGAAUCUGACUUUGUGAAAUAUGAAGGGAAGUUUGAAGACUACAUCAGUGGGAGCAUUGAAACUUCUCUUGGAAAGAUCAGUCUUGGAGCCAGUGGGAAAGGCAUUGUGGCUAGCCAUUCAUCUUUUGGACAUUUGAAAAAGCAGCAAGCUGAUCUGCAGAAUCUUAUGAAGAACAGCCAGGGAAGGACAAUAAAUCUCCAAAAUACAUUGCUGCAACAAAUGCUUGAAAGAAAGCAUGAAGUUCUUUGUAUUCUGACAGAAAGAAUAGUAACGACUCAGAAAUGUUUAAUAUCUGAACACAUUCAGACAGAGGAAACUGUGGCCAGUAUGGUGGGGUUACGUACAAAGGUUAUAAAGGUAUCAGUGAGUGAAAAUGGGAAUGUGAUGAAGGAUUCUAAUGUGAUCUUGGAGAUCCCAGCUCCCACAGCUAUUGCUUACAGUGUAAUAGAACUGUAUAUAAAGCGUGAUGGUCAAUUUGAAUUCUGCCUGUUGGAUCAACACCAAGGUGGUUUUGAAAGAGAAAGUGCGGAAGAGUCAGCUCAUCCUUACUCAGUAGUCUUCAGAGAUGCUCUCUUCCUCCAUGAGCCAGAUGCUGUGGACCAUGAGAAGGUGUCUGGUCCAGAAAGCCCUAUCCCUAGUGAAGCUUCAUUAAGCAUUUUGAAAAAAGAUGUCUUACAGUUAAAGGCUCAAUUCCAGUCCUUCACAAAGCUUUCAGAAGGAAAACAGGGUGCUUUAUACCAAGUACUUCGUGAACUUCUGCUUCAUGAAGAAACAGUCACUCAGUUGGAGGAUGUGCUGGACAAUAUACACUCAGAAGACAUGUCAGAAAGCUUAGAAAUGAAGGAGUUAAAACUGCCAGAGAAACAAAAUAUAGACAUGUUCUUACAGCUUUUGGGAAUCAGUUUCCAGGAUGAACAGUUGAUUUUGAGGGACCGACGUCAAAAUCAGGAUCUCCUUGUAGCUGCUCACAUCUUCCUCAGUGCUGUUGCAGAACUGUCGGAGUAUGCGCUUGUCCUGCUGUGGGCUUGCUGUGACCUCCAGGUUGUCCCUGCCCUGUGUUGCUUGCCUGAUAUGACCUCCCCAGAUGGCACAUUGGCACUCACAGACCCCGUGCUGGCUCCGCUCGCUGACACAGGAAGAUUUUGCCUGGUGCAAAGGCUGUUUGCUUCAUCAAACAUUAACCUUGAAAUGACAGUGUCAUCCAUGAGAGCUGUAACCAUGAAGAAACCCCAAUUUUUACCGUUAGUUCUUUACAUAGCAUUGCAUGGACUCUGUGCAUUAGGCUGGAAAACAGCCCAGGGGUGAAGCAGCUGCUUAGUAACUGUACUGUUUAAGACCACUUGAUUCAGAAGAGUCAAACUGGGCUUAUGUACAACUAAAUAAAUAUUUAAGACAUGGUAA